GCGCUAUGACUGCGGCCAUGUGCUAAUCAGCUGAUGCGCCACAGCCGCCUCUAUUUAACUCCGGUUGGGCGUUAAACUCGGACACAAAGCCAUCAUGCCUCCGUUUGACAAGAACCCACUGCAGAACAAACCCUUCAAACAGAGGAAGAGCUUCGCCACUAGAAAACUGGAGGUGGCGGGGAUCCGGUCCAAGUUCCCCAACAAGAUCCCGGUCAUCAUCGAGCGCUACGAGAAGGAAAAAUACCUUCCUCCUCUGGACAAAACCAAGUUCCUGGUACCACACGAACUCACCAUGACCCAGUUCGUCACCAUCAUCAGGAACCGGAUGGCUCUGCUGCCCAGUCAGGCCUUCUACCUGCUCAUCAACAACAGCGGCUUGGCCAGCAUGUCCCUGACCAUGGCCCAGGUCUACAAGGACCACCAGGAUGAGGACGGCUUCCUCUACAUGACCUACGCCUCUCAGGAGAUGUUUGGACUCUAAAGCUCAAUGUUUUAUUCUGCUCCAGGCUGCUGGUCUGACUCUGCUGUAAAUAGAAAAUAUUUUUAUAUAUUUUUGAAGAUGAAUUUUAAUGACGUUGAUCCAAUAAAUGCGUUGAUCUGGA